UGAAGUCUGCGUACCUAGCCUAUAUAUACAUAUACAAAUAUAUGUUUUGGUAACUAUAUUUUUCAAUGGUUCUGAAGAAUGCGUUGCUCUUUAAAAUGUUGCGAAAACAAUAAGAGGAAAACCAAAAAUUCGUCCGUGUUGUAUUUUCAUUUACCUGACGAUCUAUAUUUUCAGAAGCUCUGGUUAAAAAAGUGUAGCAGAAAAGUUGUGUAUAAACAGGAAAAAUUUGUGCUAUGUUCUUCUCAUUUCAGUGAAGAUGAUUUUGACUUAGUCAAUGGGACCCAAGUUUUAAAAUUGGAGGCUGUGCCUUCAAUAAACUUACCCGAAGACAUUUAUCAAAGGGAAAACAAAGGAUUCCAUGAUUUUGAUUUGUCAAAUUUGCACAUUCCAGAAACAGAAUCUACUCCACACACAUUUAUUGAAGGCACUGAAGAAAGUGAAGUUGGUCUAGUACACAAGUACAGACUUUUAUUGCUCGAGUAUGAGCUCAUGCUUGACAAAGUUAAAAACCAGGAGGCGACUUUAGAAGCUUUGAAAAAUGAAAAUUCCGCUCUGAAUGCUCUAUUAGCUUCUCAGAACAAUGCCACCCAAACGGGUUAGAUGCAAAAAAAUAAGGCCAAACAAAAAUAAAGAUUCCUCAUCUGAAGAUGAAAUUCCAUUGAAAAAAUUACAGGUAAAUAGCAACAAUACAAAAAGGAAUUCCACUAAUUUUUCUGGCAUCCCAGAGCAAAUAUCAAUUAAAAGGAAAUUUGAUAAGCUGCUGGACGAGUAUGAAGCUUUAAAGAAUGUGAGUUUAUCUUUAGAGAAGCAAAUUAAAGGACUUACAUCUGUAAAUGUUCACCUUAAAAGUAAGGUAUUUAAGUGACCCCAUGUUAAGUACUUAGUUGCAUUUAGUGCAGUGAGUGUGUUACAUAUUUGUUAUUAAAUUUUGAUUAUCAAUCACAAAUUAUAUCUAAUUAUCUCAAAUUUUACCCAUAAUUCUUACAUGCAAAGAAUUUUUAGUUUAAUAUGCAAAACAUGCAUAUUAGAUUCCACACUAUCUCUACUGGUGACAAUAAAAAGAAAUGUUCAUCAAAAAAUGGCUCUUCAUACAUAGCAUAAACUUACGUUAUAAUAUUUACGUUAGGGUUACAGACCAGAGGUAAAAAGGAAUAACCCAUCAAAGAUAUUAAAUAAUUAUUAUUUUUGUUAAAUUCUACACACCUUGAUCUCAACAGUUCAGAGGUUCAAGGCAUACUCAUAUCAAGUGUUGCUAAUGACAAUGUCGCGCUUUCAUCCAAUAAGAUCUAGCAGCACCAAACAACAUGGCGGUUGAGAGUUCGUCAAUUUUGCAAGUUUCAGGUUAAAUGUAACAUUUUGGCGGCAGUAUUUUCUCAAAAUACCACUAUAUCUCGUUAAAAAUCCGAAGAAAGACUAGUUAAAUGUGUUGAAAUCGCUGUUUAGAUAAAAAAUGGCCCAAAGUGCAGGUUAGCGCUUAUUGCGAUUGUUAUGUGUUGCAUUUUCCGUAUUUAUGCUUACGCAAUAUUCGGCGUCCAAUUUAAGCAAUCUAAUUAAAUUCAUUUGAGGAAACUGUGCAGGCAGGUAUUUAACUCUUUGUCUUAUUAAGAUUAGACGUGCUGGCAUCGCACAGUUGGUACGUUUUCCAAUGGUGGAAUAGCAAUUAAUUUAAAAAAUGUAUAGCAAGAAUUUAGAAAAAAAAAGAAUAUGAAUUGGUUUUUUGAAUAUCGAUUAAUUUAAUUUUAAUAUUCAACCAAUCUUUGCAGCUUUUAUAUACUGUAUUAUAAAAAUCUUUAUAUUUGGAAUUAAAGACAGGGUGUUUCAAAAAACACGCGCCAACGCUCGGCUGGAGAUUAGUUAAGACAUUCAUGGAUAUAUAAUCAAGAGAAAUUGCAAUUUCUUUUUUAACUUGUGUAACUUGAAAUACUGAGAUAAUGUUCCCAGCCGACAUCACCGAGAUUCUUUACAAAUUCACUACACAGAAUAAUAUUUUUAUGUAUUCAAAUGCAUAGGUAAAUUAAAAAUUUAACUCAAUAUGUGUUAACAAAAUGUUGUACUAGCAAUUUGCAGCGAAUAAACGCUUG